AUGGAUUCUACAGAUGGUAAAACCAUAGGAUUUGUUAAAAGACAGGAAUGGAUUAGUGAAAAAGAAGUAACAGAUCUGUUAAUAUCCCAACGGAGAUCAUUCAACGUGAACGUGACAAAUAUGAAAAAAAAUUUAAAAAUGGAUAAACAUGACGCAAAAAUGGAACAAAAUUGCGAGUUCUCCGAUGGCGACAGUGAUAGUAACGAGCAAGUAUCACGCCGCCCUAGUCGACCGAGUCGGACACCGGCUACCUCUUCGGGAGCUGCUAGCAGCGGUUCAGCUACCGCCUCGGUGCCAAGUGGCGAAGUUUCCGCCCGUGAACGUAAUUUUCGUUACCUAGACGAGAGGGCACAAAUGCCAUUGCGUUCGUUGAAUCAAGCAUAUGAGGGGCUCCUACGUGUUAUACCACAUGAUAAAAAUCGAACACUGUCGGAAGAAGAAAUAGUAACACUUGCCAAAAAUUAUAUAAACACUCUCACUAACGUUUUUUCAUCGUACGGAGGCGAUCCGUUUGAAUUCAAUGAUAACGACCAGCUGUAG